CAAGGACAUGACGCGUCCACAGUGUGAACAAACCACACUUCAGCAGCAGGACGCUCUGACUCAGGUGAACAUGGAGAGCCUGAAGCAGAAGAGAGACGCCGGAACAAACCUUUUUUAUUAUGGCACAUCUGCUGAGGAGGAAUACGAGCAGCCUUUCUCUGAGGAAGACACCAGGAGACGGAGCGACCCCUGCUUCCACUACACCGUCCUGGACCAGGCCUGGCGCGCCACCAACACCUCCACCAAGUUGACGAUGUGUGACCGCCGAUACAAAUGGAAAGGCUGGUACCGCCUCUUCUUCAAGGGUAAGAGUAUCCAGAUGCCCGAGAGGUGCGUCCCUGUGAACAAAUGCAGCACCCACGCCCCGCUGUGGCUGGCAGGGCGUCACCCGAGGAUAAGGGAUGGCAUCGUCACCCGCCAGGUCUGCGGCCACUGGAAGAAGAAAUGCUGUGCUUUCCGAUCCACCCCCAUCAAGGUCAAGAAGUGUCGCGGCAACUACUACGUCUACCAGUUCACCAAGCCGAGCUCCUGUGAUCUGGCUUACUGUGCAGAUAUCAACACGCUGGUGUGUGGCCGGUGCAGACGAAACCAGUCCUGUGUGAGCCGAGAUAAGAUUAACUGGAGGUGUAAGACAAGGAAAGUGCCUUCCAGAAAGGUCCACUUCUUCGCGUCCUACCCCGGCCAACUCACCGGCAAGGUGAACAGAAUCAAGUACAGCAAGGUGUUGGUGAACGUGGGCCGGGCCUACAGCAGGAGUACCGGAACAUUCAGGGCUCCGGUCAAAGGAAUCUACCAGUUCUUCUUCUCCACUCAAACCGCCAACACCAACAAGAAGACGGACCUGUGGCUCGUGGUCAACAGUUACUGGGUUGCUGUGUCUCACACAGCUUUCUCCCGGCCCUCCAGCGUCGGCAGCUUGUCCACCUACAUGACCUUCCUCCGCAAGGGGUCUCGUGUGUACGUCACACACAACUGUGGGAAGUCGUGGGCCAACGCUGCCUCCAUGACCAUCACAUUCGGAGGCUCACUGCUUGUACAGAUGAAAUAAUGUGUUGACAGGGUUUCAAAUCGUUUGCUCUUCUGAUGUUUCCUUGUGUAUGAAGCUGAAUGGGAUUUGUAUUUGGGUAAAUAUACAGAAAGUGUAUAAUGACAAAGGUUAUUCAUCAGGUCAGUUUCUUUUUCUCUUAUAUUAACUUUAUUUUGAGCUUUUUUUGUGUCAGAGCUAAA